GUUGUACGCCGUGGAGUAUCAGAGAGAGCGAGAGAGAGACGGGGGUCGGUUAUGGUGAACGAUCCAACGAGCACCACUGAAGGCGAACGUCGACAAGCUUAUCUGCGAUGCGUUUGCGCCACGCUCAACUUCGAUGUCGGGGAGAUCUGGAGUUGGCGCAACGAAGAGCACGAUUCUGAUCCCGCGAAAGGUGAGGGAGAAGAGGUCACUCAGCGCACGGGCAGAAAGCACGCAGCAAGCACGGAGGAAGCAGGCAGACAGCAGGGUUUUUCGCAACGCGUUUUUUUCUCUCGCGUGUCGGCGUCGCUCGGCGGAGACGGUUGCUCGACGUCCACCUCGCUCGAGUAGCAUUGGAGGUCCCCAUCAUUCCGGUGACGUUUUUUAGGAUGUACGACGGCAGGUGUGCAAGGAAAGCCCCUCCGACGUGUUGGAAUUUAGGCGCCUACGAUAAAUACUGCUGUCCUGCUGUAUGU